AUGGUGAUGUUCAAUGGGACACCUGACCCGAUUACUAGUUAUCCAACUAGCAUUAGUUGGAUAUCAACAGGAACGAUGUGUGCAGAGGCUUGUGAAGCAGACGCGUAUUUGGGAGAUGUUGUAUGGAUUGAGAUGGAUGUGAGAGAAACGGAUCAGGUGGCUUUUAAGAUCCAAGAGGAUGUUCCGUGUGCACAAACAGCUGAACAAAUGUUUCAAGGAAUCACCAAUUCCUUCCCUCACGAUCCUAUCGAAUCAUAUGAGCUGGUAGUAAAAAGUUCCACUUCUUAUGAGAUACAGUACAAAUACACCCUACCCUACGGGUGCCAAACGUGGGUGGAGCCUGUGGCGUCUUGUCAGAACUGUCCAAUAACAAUGAUGAGUUUCCGUGGCAUACGUACAUUAUACAAGGCGACUGAACCGACAGUCAAUUCAUGGACAGAAUGUAUGUAUGCAUGUUAUAUGGAUGACAACUGUUUCCUGGCUUCCAUGACUAUGUUAAAAGGCUGUAGUAUCGUUUCUUAUGGAUAUGUGAUAUCAGUUGUCAACUUGGAUAGGUCGAAUGUACCUACUUCGUCGACAGCUUUGAAUUUUUUGGCUAUCAAAUAUGUUCCUGACAAUUUCACGUGUAAUCUAGACUUUGAUUCAAUAUGGAACAAGCCACACACUUUGAAAGCAGUCAGCUCCGCCGCCACUUACACCGCCUAUCGACCCAUAACUUCCGGAACAAAUAUGGAAUUUAUGUGGAUACCAAAAGGACUCACAACAUGUGAAUCUGCAAACGUUUCGACCAUCGAAGGAGUCAGUGGGUGCUAUACAGUGAGUGUAUCCGCGUGUACUGCAAUUGGAAGUGAUGGACUGAUGACUAUCCCUAAUGAAGCUGCUAUCACAAACAUCGAAACUGCAAUGACAAAGCUUGGAAUGAAAGAUGGAUACUAUACUGUUGGACUAACAAGGGACACCACUUCAAGUCCUUGGAAAUGGACGCUUCCUGAACUAGUCAUUGAUGCAAGUGGUGAAAAAUGGUGCGCCGGUCAGCCGGGUGCUAGCAAUCUCACCUACACCUACUUGAAAUUUUUCCCAGGCGAAGAACCUGGUCUGUAUCCUUUGAGUGCAAUUGGUGGCACUACAGGAACAAUUUGUCAUAUCCCGUUUUAG